CCAGGAGAAGCGAACACCUUCCAGGGACCGAUUAACCCCCACCCACUCACCCUCAGGUCACCUCCCACCCAACUUCCCAAAAGGGCCCUCCCUGUGGUCCUGUCAGCCUACCUGCACCAGUUUCAACAUGCUGCAGCUGGAGUCAGAAAGUAACUCUCACUAGGAGCUGAGAAACUCUGGAUUGCUUGCAGGACGCAGUUGGCAUCAAACUGGCUGCGAAAAACCUAGGAAGUUUGUGGAGCCGCUGACCUGCAGGAUGUCCAAAGCCUCGAGGCUAGCCCGGCUGCCCUCAUCCAGGGCAGGAUCCAGGCUGCCCUCUUCCAGGAAGGAAUGCCCUGGCGGUGGUGCACACGUUGCCGUUGGACGAGUCCGGGUGCUGACUGUGGGCGAGAAGCUGAUGAGAGCGGGUAGUGACGGUGUUCUGACUAAACAGAAAUCCUUAACACCUGCUGUGCCACAGGACAAAGCACAGACUGAGUCUCACACUGAGACUCAGUCCCCAAGCCAGAGUCCAGGUGACACGAGCCAAAAUAUGGAGAUGGUGCUCCCCAAGAGCAGGAUCAGCCCGCCUAAAGUCAACAGCAAUCAACAGCAUGGCUCUGUGCACAAACAAACCAAGGGCAACCUGAAGGUUACCUCGCCAGAGGACGUCGAGCACAUCACUCGCAGACAGACAUCCCCAAAUGGGACGGCACCUUCGAGAGGAGAUGCCAAAGGCAGCCGCGCUGCCCCACGCAGACACACAUUAGGGGGAGCACGCAGCUCCAGAGAGAUCCUGGGUAUGCAGCCGGCAGACAUGGAUAAGAAGAGGGAGGCCUUUCUGGAGCAUCUGAAGCAGAAAUACCCCCACCACGCCUCCGCCAUCAUGGGACACCAGGAAAGGCUGCGAGAGCAGGUAGGUGGGCUUCAUGCAGAAUAUUACUCGUGGUUUAGGUCAUCUGGAUUCUUUAUCUGUUGUUUCAUAGAUUUCAACUCCCAGCAUUCAUUUGAGUUUAAUAGCAAUUCACAUUUCUUAAAGCUACAGUGUGCAGGAUUUAGUGUCAUCUAGUGGUAAGUUUGCAAAUUGCAUUAUGCCCUUGUCAUUCACAAUUUUGUUUACCAUCACAUUUUUGUUUCCUUGGUGACAGGAAUUCAUGCUCCUUUGUCUUCUCUUGUGCUAAGCAAUAUGUCUGAUCAUCCAUUUAAAAAAAAUUGGGUUCUCAAAUUUACUAGCCUGCGCUAGCAACCAGUAAAAAACAUGUAUAUGGGCGCAACCAGUCAUUACUCUUCA